AUGUCUGCUUCUCAUUUUGGGUUGGGAUUCUGGGGAGCUGGAUUUCCCUCUUUCAGUCCUGAUCUGCUACCUUCUAUUCCACCAUCCCAGCAGCUGAGACCCCCUCAUCAGAACCUAUAGGAAGCAAGAACACCCCUUCCGCAGAGCACCCAAAGUGUCCUGGGAGAAGACCAUGACUGGCAUGCAUGUGUGAAGCUGAUAAGUGACCUACUAUCAAUUCAGCUCAGGGUUCAAACAUCUGGUGCUAAUUUACCAUAGCCGGCAAGAUGAGGGAACGUGGUGUCCUGCUGCUGGUGGCUGUAUUCUGCCUCAUGCUCUCAGGGAUGCACCGGGUGGAUGCACAGGAUGACUCAGCUGACUUGGUUUUCCUUAUUGAUGGCUCAAACAAUGUUGGACGCAGUGAUUUUUCUUAUAUCCGUGACUUCCUGGUGAACUAUGUGCAGAGGCGUCUGGAGGUGGGGAGGAGUCGGAUGCAAGUGGGAGUGGUACAGUAUAGUGAUGAUGUCAAAACUGAAUUUAGCUUGGCUCAGAAUCCCACUAAAGGCCAGCUUGUAGAAGCUUUGAAGAACCUUCGCUUUAUUGGUGGUGAAGAGGCGAAUUUGGGGGCUGCUCUUGAUUAUGUUGUGGAGAAUGUUUUCACGACAGCAGCAGGCAGCCGUAGAGAAGAAGGAGUUCCUCAGUCACUAAUGAUCAUCACGGCUGGACCUUCCAGUGAUGACUUCAGAGAGGCUACAAAUGCUUUGAAACUAAACAGCAUUAUCACAUUUGGAAUUGGGGUGGAAAGGGCCGACAUUGCUGAAUUGCAGCAAAUUGCAACAGACGAAUCCUUUGUGUUUUCUACUCCCCAAAUGCAGGAUUUAAGCACCUUAGAGAGGAACAUUGUUCCCUAUAUUAAUGGGGUAGCACAAAGGACAAUAGUCCUACAGCCCCCAACAACUAUAACAGAAGUUGUUGAGGUCAACAAAAGAGACAUAGUAUUUCUGGUUGAUGGGUCCUCUAAUCUGGGAAGCAGCAGUUUUACUGCUAUCCGUGAUUUCAUCAAUAAAGUAGUUAACAGGCUGGAGAUUGGUCCUGAGUCCAUCCAAGUAGCCCUGGCACAGUAUGCUCAAGAUGUGAAGCCUGAAUUCUACCUGAAUUCUUACACCACCAAGAAAGAUGUAGCUGCACAGGUGAAGAAACUGAAGAUCUUGAACAGCACCCCCCUGAACACAGGUGCAGCCUUAAAAUAUGUGCAGCGAAAUUUCUUUACUGCCUCUGCAGGUAGCCGUGUGGGAGAAGGUGUCCCCCAGCUGCUUGUCCUUAUUACCGGUGGGCCAUCAAGAGAUGAUAUUCGCCAGGUCUCACAUGAACUUAAACGAGGUGGAAUACUGACCUUCACAUUAGGAUCCAAGAGAGCUGUAGAAUCAGAGCUUAAAGAAAUUGCCUUUGACUCAACAUUAGCUUUCCGUGUCGAUGAAUUCAAGGCACUUCCUCUGCAGGGUAUUCUACCCCAGUUGCUGACUCCUCUGAAAACUCUCACAGGAACUGUUGUAGAAGCUCCUGCCCCAGUUAAUCCAAGAGAUAUCGUCUUCCUAUUGGAUGGGUCAGUCAACGUUGGAAGUGCCAAUUUUCCACUUGUGAGGGAUUUUCUCAUCAAUGUAAUUAACGGUCUUGGUGUGAGCAGUGAAGGCACUCGAGUUGGCUUGGCCCAGUUUAGUGACACCCCCAGAACUGAAUUCUAUCUAAAUUCCCUAACUUCCAAACCUGAACUUCUAAACCGUAUUGCACAAUUGAGGCUCCAGGGGGGCAAUGCCCUUAACAUUGGCUCAGCCAUCCAAUUUGUACUUGAAAAUCAUUUUACAAGUGGUGCGGGCAGCAGAAUCCAGGAGAAUGUCCCACAGCUCUUGGUGAUGCUAGCGGCUGGAAAGUCCUCAGACAGCAUUCAGUCAGCUGCAAUUCAGCUCGUCAAUUCUGGGGUUCUGACGUUUUGCAUCGGGGCCGGGAAUGCUGACAAGGAAGAGUUGCAGAGAAUUGCAUUCAAUCGACAACUUGUUUAUGAGACGGAUGAUUUCAGCACCUUGCCUCAGUUAAGCCAAGAAAUUUUAACACCUUUAACCACCUAUUAUAGAGGGCCAGUUACAGAAGUGACUGUUACUACAGUUGACGAAAGUGCCAAGCAAGAUGUUGUGUUCUUGAUUGAUGGCUCCGAUGAUGCCAGAUCCAUUUUUCCAUCAGUCCGGUCAUUCCUACAGAGGGUGGCGGAAAGACUUGAUGUGGGUCAGGAUCGGACACGUAUAGCAGUUAUCCAGUACAGUGAUACCGCCAGACCUGCAUUCCUUCUUAAUGCUCAUGCUGAUCGCCAGGGUGUACUUAAUGCCAUUCUAAAUUUAUCUCCCAUUGGAGGACGUGUCUUAAACACAGGCUCUGCUUUAGACUAUGCAUCCAGAAAUGUUUUUACCAGCACAGCCGGCAGUCGGGCAGCAGACGGAGUCCCACAGUUCUUGAUCCUACUGACAGCUGGCAAAUCUAGAGAUGAUGUCAGGAAGCCAGCUACAACACUAAAGUCCAGAGGUGUUGUCCCAUUCUGCAUUGGAACACAGAGAGCUGAUCAGUCUGAGCUACGAGCAAUAUCUUUUACACCUGAUUUUGUAAUUGUUGUUCCUGAUGCUACCCAACUGGAAAAUGUUCAGCAAACCAUCUCCCAAAGAGUCAGUAAGAUGACCAAAGAAUCAGUAUCUACACUCAUUCAAACAGCAUCAGCUGGUGCCAGGAAAGAUAUUGUGUUCUUAAUUGAUGGAUCAGACUUUGUGAGACCCAACUUCAGAGCUCUCCAGACAUUCCUUCAGAGGGUGGUAGAGAGUCUUGAUGUGGGUCAAGACAAGAUACGAGUAUCAGUUGUUCAGUACAGUGAUUCUGCCAAGCAUGCUUUCCUUCUUAACACCCAUCAAGAUCGCCAAGGUGUGCUUAAUGCCAUCCAGAGACUCACUCCUCUUGGUGGAUCUUCCCUAAAUACUGGUAAUGCCUUAGACUUUGUCACCAGAAAUGUCUUCACCAAAGCAGCUGGUAGCAGAGCAGACGAGGGUGUUCCACAGUUCUUAAUCCUGCUGACAGCAGGCAAGUCCCAAGAUGAUGUCAGAAGUCCAGCUACAUCACUUAAGGGCAAAGGUGUCAUUCCAUUCGCUAUUGGAACUAACCGAGCAGAUCAAAGUGAACUUCAAACAAUCUCUUUCAUCCCUGAUUUUGUUGCAUAUGUUCCUGAAAUCUCCCAGGUAGACACUGCUUAUGAAACAGUCUCAGACCGGGUUGGUCAGCUGUCUAGGGAAGAAGUCAUCACUCUGACACAGUCCGUUCAAACUGGUGCAGCUCCAGAGGGCAAGAAGGACAUCUUAAUCAUGUUUGACACUGCUAACAUCGCUGGCAAAUACCCCCUUGUCCGUGACUUCCUAACUGGAAUUACUGAAGGCUUCAAUAUCGGUCCAGAUGCCACUCGUGUUUCUGUGGCUCAGAUGGGGGGCGACAGUGUGAAAGUGGAAUUCAAGUUUGACACAUAUCCCACCAAGCAGGAAGUGCUAAAUGCUGUGAGACGGAUGAGAUUGAGACAAAGUAAGACCCUUGACAUUGGCUCAGCUCUUGACUACGCUCGUGAGAAUCUCUUCACAGCAGAGUCUGGGAGUCGGAUCAGGGAAGGUGUCCCACAGUAUCUAGUUCUUCUGACUGCUGGAAGAUCUUCGACUGGUGUAGACGAGCCAGCAGAUAAACUGAGACAAGCUGGCAUUAUAACAUUUGCUGUCAAGACAUCUGAUGCUGAUGAGCUGGGAAAAAUGGUUUUUACAUUACCUGUAGGAGCCCUUACAGAUCUGUCCACGGUCCACUCCCAGUUAAUUAAUACGCUGAAUACCCUUACAGUGGAGACAACAGUAUUUACCUCUGAAGAAGACAAAAGAAAGGAUGUUGUUUUCUUGAUUGAUGGAACUGAUGAUGCCAGAAGCCGCUUCCCAGCUCUUCGAUCCUUUAUUCAGAGGGUAGUCCAGAAUCUGGAUGUAGGCCAGGACAAGACACGUAUAGCAGUUGCUCAGUACAGUGAUUCUGCCAGACCAAACUUCCAACUUAAUACCCACCGAGACAAGCAAGGAGUAUUAGAUGCCAUCCAACGCUUAACUCCUAUUGGAGGUCCUUCACUGAACACUGGGGCUGCUUUAGAUUUUGUCACCAGAAAUGUAUUUACAAAGUCAGCUGGCAGUCGGUCAGAUGAAGGAGUUCCGCAGUUCCUGAUUUUACUGACCACUGGUAAAUCAAGAGAUGAUGUUGGUAGACCAGCCACAUCACUCAAAGGCCAAGGGGUCAUUCCGUUUGCUAUUGGAACAAACAAAGCAGAUACCACUGAGCUACAAACCAUCUCCUUUGUACCUGACUUUACCUUUUCUGUCUCUGAUGCAUCCCAGCUGACAGAUGUAUAUCAGAAUUUCGCAAACAAAGUGUCUCAGCUUAGCAAGGGAGAGGUGGAGAUUCUGAUCCAGCGUGGCCCAUCAGUUACUACAGGUGCCAAGAGAGAUGUGGUGUUUCUUGUUGAUGGGUCAAGGACAGCUAUGGCCGAGUUUCCUCAGGUUAAAGAACUUAUUGGAAAAAUUGUAGACAGGCUUGAUGUCAGUCCUGAUAACACACGAGUGUCAGUGGUACAGUAUAGCGGUGACCCCAAGGUUGAAUUCCUGCUUAAUGCUCACUCCACUAAGGAUGAAGUUCUUGCUGCAGUAAGGAAGAUAAGACCCAAGGGUGGAAAUGUUGUCAACACUGGAGGUGCUCUUGAGUAUGUAUCCAAAAAUAUAUUUACAAGGCCAGCUGGAAGCAGAAUUGAGGAACGAGUUCCACAAAUUCUUAUUAUAACUUCAUCUGGACCUUCUGCUGAUGAUGUAGGAGAGGGUGCAAGGCAAGUAAAGGAAUCUGCUGUGGUUCCAUUUUUGAUUGGAAAAAACAUUGAUGAGGAAGAAGGCAAUAAGAUCGUUGUGGCUCGGAAUUUUUUUCUACCAGUCACCAGCUUCCGCGAGUUACCAGCUUUGGAGCAAACCCUUGUCAACUCUUUCACCACCCUGACUACAGAACAAAUAACAAGGCUUUUUGAAACUCACCCAGGUCUUGGAGAAGAUGUAGAUCCAGAUAAGAAAGAUGUGGUCUUCCUUAUUGAUGGAUCAUCAAAAACAGGUCAAGAUGGCAUGGCUCACAUUCGAGACUUUAUCCUAGAGGUUGUUCAGAACUUACAGAUUGGACCGAAUAAAGUAAGGGUGGGGCUGGUGCAGUUUAGUAAUGAACCGGUAUCAGAGUUCUUUCUCAAGACCAACUUGCAAAAACAAGCACUGCUUAAUAAUAUUCGACGUCUGAGACUCAAAGGAGGCGCCCCUUUGAACAUAGGGAAAGCAGUGGAAUACGUGGCAAAAAAUCAAUUUGUGAAGUCUGCUGGAAGCAGGAUAGAAGAAGGAGUACCCCAGUAUCUUGUCCUACUAACUGGUGGAAAGUCAGAAGAUGAUGUGUCGAGAUCUGCCAGACUACUUCAUAACGCUAAGGUACAAUCCGUGGCUGUGGCAAGUGGAACUACGGAUCGCAAAGAUAUUGAAACCAUUGUCACCGACACACGACUUAUCUUUAACAUCAAAGAAUUUAGAGAACUGCCAUCAGUUGAAAGGAAGAUAUAUAGAUCUUUUGAAGGUGAAAUAGAAGUUACUCCAACACCAGCAAUAACUACAACAAUAACUGGAAGGAAAGAAGCAGACAUUGUCUUCCUUGUGGAUGGAUCCAUUAAUUUAGGAAGAGAUAACUUUAAGGAGGUCCUACAGUUUGUUUCCGGUAUAGUGGAUGCAGUGUUUGAUGAAGAAGAUGCAAUCCAAAUUGCUCUGGCACAGUACAACUCUGAUGUUACAGAUGAAUUUUUCUUAAAAGAUUUUACAGACAGAGACCAGAUCAUGGACGCUGUUACCAAAGCUGAGUAUAAAGGAGGGCGUGUAGCAAGUCUAGGUGCUGCUAUCCGUCAUUUGCAGGAUAAGCAUUUUGUAAAAGAGGCAGGCAGCAGAGUCAGCAGUGGAGUUCCUCAGAUUGCUUUUGUUAUCACUGGAGGAAAGUCAGUAGAUGAUGGCCAGUCUGCAGCCAUUGCUUUGUCCAAUAAAGGUGUCAAAGUCUUUGCCAUUGGUGUAGGAGCCAUUGAUGGUGAUGAGGUUGCCAAGAUUGCAAGUGAUGCACCAAGUGCUUUCAGAGUUCCCAAUGUUCAGGAACUGUCAGAACUGAAUGAGCAAAUCCUCAUUACUCUUGAUACUGCUCUAACGAAGAAAAUGACCUUAUGUCCAAGUGUACCGGAGAUCGCAAAAGAUUGCAAACUGGAGGUGAUUUUAGGAUAUGACGUAUCUGCGGGUCCCGGCCAAGACGUCUUCAUGGUUCAGAGAGCACUACAAUCCAAAAUAAAAGGAAUUCUGGCCCGCAUCUCCAACAUGCGUAAUAUCAGCUGCUCUGGGGGACAGAAGCCCUCUGUAAAAGUUUCUGUUCUUUCACAGGGAAGUAGGGGGCCAGUGGAAGCUUUUGACUUUGCGGAUUAUCGUGAGGAGCUGCUCAGCAAGAUAUUGGCCAUGGGCACCCGUGGGCCAUAUGUUCUGACAGGUCAAACUCUCCAGUCAUAUCUGACAAAAUUUAAGACUGCAGGGGAAGACAACACAAUAAAGGUUGUAAUUCACAUGACAGAUGGUGUUGAUGCAGGAAUGGCUGAACUCCAGGCAGCAUCAACAGCUCUCAGGAAUUCUGGAGUAAAGGCUCUGCUCUUUGUGGGGCUGGAAAAUGUUGCCAAAUUUGACCAAGUGAGACAUUUGGAAUUUGGCCGUGGAUUUACUUAUGACAUUCCCUUGACACUGAGCCAAGAAACUCUUGAUUUUGAGAUUGCUGAAGAGCUGGAUAAAAUAGCAGAGAAGGGUUGCUGUAAUGUGCCUUGCAAGUGCACUGGCGAAAGAGGAGAUGUGGGACAGCCAGGAGAUAUUGGACCAAAGGGUGCAUCAGGCCUAAAAGGACACAGAGGAUACCCUGGAGAUGAAGGAGGACCAGGAGAACGUGGCCCCCCUGGUGUCAAUGGAACUCAGGGAUUCCAAGGAUGUCCAGGUUUAAGAGGUCCCAAGGGCUAUCGUGGAUUCUCAGGAGAAAAGGGUGAAAUUGGAGAGAUUGGUCUGGAUGGCAUUGAUGGGGAAGAUGGAAAAUCAGGUAUUUCUGGACCCUCUGGAGAGAGAGGCAGCCAAGGAGGACGGGGAGAGAAAGGUCAGAAAGGGCAUAGAGGAGAGAUUGGAGACUCUGGCCAGCGAGGGGACCCUGGUAAUCCUGGAACCGACACAACACAGAGAGGGUCAAAGGGAGCCAAAGGGGAGACUGGAGCUGUGGGAGAACCUGGAGGAGAUGGUUCAGCGGGGUCUCCAGGAGGACCAGGCAAAGCUGGCCCAGCAGGUAGAAGGGGUCCUCCAGGACUUAAGGGUGAAAGAGGAAAAGAUGGAGGUCGAGGUGGGGCAGGGGAACAAGGUGUAAGAGGACCUCAGGGUCCACCAGGACCACAAGGAACUCCAGGUACAAGAGGAGAGCAAGGGCUUCCAGGACCAAGAGGGCCAGGUGGCACUCCUGGACCAGCUGGUGAUAGGGGCAGACCUGGGCAGCUUGGAUUAAAGGGUGAGCCUGGAGAUCCUGGAGUCAAGGGAGCUAAUGGACCUCCUGGACCACGUGGGCCAACAGGAGAAGAUGGACGAGAUGGAUCUGGAAAACAAGGACUCAAAGGCAGAAGAGGAGAGACUGGGUUCCCAGGAUACCCAGGAUUAAAGGGUGAUUUUGGAGAUAAGGGACCCAAUGGUGAACCUGGACCUAAGGGAAAUAGAGGCGUUAGGGGUGUGCCCGGACCCAAAGGUACAGAUGGAACCAAAGGAGACCCAGGAUACCAAGGGCCAAAUGGGCUGAAGGGAGCCAUUGGAAAGCCAAGAGAGUCAUGUGAACUGGUGAAGUAUGUCAAAGAUAAAUGCCCUUGCUGCUAUGGUCCCAAGGAAUGUCCUUUGUAUCCCACUGAUCUUGUAUUUGCUCUUGACACCUCGUCGGAUGUGAACCGUAAUGUCUUUGCCAAUAUGAAGGAUGCGCUGCUAAAGACUAUCAGCCAGCUGGUCAUUACAGACAGUAACUGCCCCAGAGGAGCCCGUGUAGCCCUCCUUACCUACAAUAGUGAUGUCACCACUGAAUUUCGGUUCUCUGAUGGGCUGCGCAAGCCUGCCCUCCUGCAGGAAAUCCAGAACAUCCAGUUCAAACAAACAACCAAGCAACGUAACCUGGAGGGCGCCAUGUCAUUUGUUGCAAGAAACACAUUUAAGAGGGCACGUGGAGGGUUUCUAAUUAGAAAGGUGGCCGUGUUUUUCAGCGGUGGGGCAACAAAGGCCUCCCCACAACUCAAUGAAGCUGUUUUGAAACUAUAUGAUGCUGGCGUAUCCUCUGUCUUCCUCACCAACAGGGAGGACAGGGCACUGACAAAUGCUCUGAAAGUGAACAACACAGUUGUGGGACAGGCCAUUGUGCUCAGUGCUGCCCCUGCUCAAGUUAAUGCAACUGUAAAAUCCCUUCUUAACUGCCAUGUCUGUCUAGAUAUCUGUGACCCUCAGAGUACAUGUCCUGGAAGUUCUGCUGGCAGUACUUUUAGAGGCCGGCGUUCGGCCACCACUGACUUAGACAUUGACUUGGCUUUCCUGCUGGACAGUUCAGAAUCCACCACACCUGAGCAAUUUGCAGAAAUAAAGAGGUUUGUUUCCCAUGUGGUUGGUCAUUUGGAGCUAAGUACAGAUCCCAAAUCCUCAUAUCACCAUGCAAGAAUAUCUAUCCUGCAGCAUGCCCCCUAUGAGCACCUGAACAAUGCAAGCAUUCCCCCUGCUCGGGUAGAUGUUGGCCUUACUGACUACACUUCAAAGGAGUUCCUUCAGGACUUCAUCUUGAACAAAAUGACUCAGUUGUAUGGCACAAGGUCACUUAACAAUGCCAUCAAGUAUGUUCAGCAAUAUGUGCUUGAAAGUGCACCCAACCCUCGUUCCAUAAGGACCAUCUUUCUCAUUCUCACUGGAGAAGUAAACAGCCAUGAACUGAAGCAACUCCGUGAAACAGUUGUUGAGGCUAAGUGCAAAGGUUUCUUUAUUGUCAUUCUAAGUUUGGGGAAGAAAGUCAAUGUUGGCCAGCUGAACUCUUUGUCCAGUGAACCUCAUGAUGUCUUCUCCAAAAAGGCAGAAAAGCCUUCUGAAUUGCACGAGGAUACCCUUUUGAGGUUUGGACUGCAGCUCCCUGGAUUCCUUAGCAGUGAAAAUGCUUUCCAUCUGUCUCCUGAAAUCCAAAGACAGUGUGACUGGUUUCAAAAUGACCAACCAAUCAGGACUACAGAGAGGGAGACACACUCAGAACGUGUGACCACCACUGUAAAACCAGAUGAAACGUCUAGUCAACAUCCCAAGGUUGUGACAAUACUGACAAGCACAGAGACACCAAUAGAACCCACCAUUUUACAACAAGAUGCAGAAAUGCCAACUGCUGAGCUGCAGGUGUCAAAUGUAAGUGAAAACAGUGCAACAUUGAACUGGACAAGCCCUGUUUCCCAGAAAUCUCCCCUUUAUGACCCAACUCUCUCAACACUGGAAGAGCAAGUUGUGACUCUCAAGCAGAACGCCACUGAAGCAGAGAAACUAAAUGAAGGACUGGAAAAUGAAGUGAAGUACCAACAACUAACAACUGUUAUCGAGCAUAACAGAACUCUUGAACAGAGCACCAGUCAAGAAACAUUCACCACUACAAGUAAGGCCCAGCUCAGUCCAGUAGCAUUGGCCAGUGCAAAACUAGUUGUGAACUCAGAAACAGCCAACAGUCCACAAACAACAGAUUCAUGUGAACUAGAAGUGGACAUGGGCCACCAGUGCAAAGAGUAUGAGGCUAAGUGGUUCUUUGACAAGACAAACAAGAUUUGUACCCAAUUUUGGUAUGGUGGGUGCGGUGGCAAUACCAAUAUAUUUGACACAGAAGCUGAAUGCAUCAGCCGGUGUCAGAAAGUAUUGGUUGAGAAAGCUCUCCCGGCACCCGUACUGGAAGUAAACACAAUAUCAGGACCAGAAGUGUGUAACCUGCAGAAGGAGGAGGGGACCUGUAGAGAUUUUGUCCUGAAAUGGUAUUAUGACCCAGAAACCAAGAGUUGUGCCCGGUUCUGGUAUGGUGGCUGCGGUGGAAAUGAGAAUCGGUUCAGCACACAGAAAGAAUGUGAAAAGAUCUGUAUACCAGUCCCUCUGAACUCCAGCGUGGUGUCUGCUAUUGGUACAUAAGAAGACUGCAGUACUUACCUCUCAGUGGGAAAUAGUCCAGGAUGCACUGUCCUUGUUUCACAUUCAGCCCUCGCCAGCCUGUCCUUGACCACAGGGUGGAAGAAGCUAAAAUGAUUUAUCAAUAUGGUGCUAAUUUGUCUGCGGACUUGGUGAAUACUGAGGUUGGUGCCCUCAACCCUUUCAUUGCUGAAGAGAUACACAUACCAGUUCCUCCAGCCCUGUGGAGUGAUACUCUACUAGUCUCUCCAGCUCUUAAAGGGUUACCUAGCAAUCUGAUAUUCCUUUGUCAUGAAACAGUAGCUGGCACAAGAUGAUAUAUAUAUUUUAGGGGCACCCCAGCUAAGCUACUAUAAAAUUACCAGCUGUCAUUUUACACAACACCCAGAUUAGUCUCAGCCUAGGAUAUAACAAUUUGCAAAUUGGUCUGACAGCCCUUUAUAAAAAAACUCAGUGCCUUUGGCCAAUGAAUGGGCAUUUCAACUACGUUUAGCUUUCCCUCCCAUAGUAUUUACUAUGUGAGGGAAUGUAUUUUAAUACAUAGUAUUAACAGCCCUAACUGCCUCCAUUUUUUUUAUAUGCUGGUUGUUUCUAACUCGGCCAAUCCAUUGAAAAGUGAAGGCUUUUGCAGUUUACAAAUGCCUGGCGCAUAUAACCUAGCAGCCCUGUGCAGGUUUCCUUGGCAAUGAAAGUGUUAAGAGCUUUAGGAUUUACCACUUAUUAUGUGGAAGAAUAUUUUUCUACAACCACAAGGUGAUCAUUCCGUGCACUGUCUCUUCAACCCAUGUGAAAUAAUGCAACUUAUCUACAGUUUUUUUUUUUUUACUUUGAUGGAUAUAUUUUUUUUAAACUUGGGGGUGGGGGGGGGUACUUGAUUUAAAAAAAAUGGAGAUGAUCGUGAAUGAAUAAAGGCUGAUGAGGUGCCCA